AUGGAUCCUCUUUCCAUCACCGCAAGCAUCAUCGCUUUGGUACAGGCAUCGGCGGCUGUUGGAAAAGGGGUCAAAAUACUCCUUUCUCUUCGCCAUGCCCCGGCGGACUUUUCUGAGCUCGUUGACGAGCUGACUACUCUCCAGGCUGUCAUCGAACAGGUCAAGAGCCCGCUUCAGAAGAUAGAGACGGGAGAUGUCGCAAUUCCCACGCUGAAUAUAGCUCCAACCUUGGCUUUAAAGCAGAGUCUGGAAAUUAUUCAAGAGGAGCUCCUGGAUCUGUGUUAUCGUCUCACGGGAACGAACCACGGCGAUGAGAUGAGCGGGCAGCUUCGAGUCUCAAUGUCGAAGUGGAUACGGGAAAGAAGCAAUAUUGCCAAGUUGAAGUACAGGGCAACCAAUACCAGGGCCUCCUUGAUGCUCUGCCUUUCUGCUCUAGUCUCAUCCCAGAGGUACGUCCAAGCUGACCGUCAACGACGGGCGCUGUUCAGCGGGUUGUUGACCACGGACAGUUCUCAUCAAGCCAGAGUCAUGCUCGAAAUUCGUCAGCUCAUCGAAAACUCUUUCCGGGCUUUGCACGAAGAACGCAGAAUUAAUCGAGAGAUGCAAUUCAUUAACCAGGCCGGUAUCGAAGACAUAAAGGCCUCACUCGGCCAGAUGUAUGUCAAAGCUCUCAAAUCAGAGGACUCACUGCAACGUAGAGACCAGUCUUCCAACGUGGCUAGCAACGGUCCACGCUGUGUAGAGACCGGUGGUAGUCCCUUUCUAUGGCUCCUCUUACGUGCCCUCUUUGUCGCUACUUCCCGGAACACUCUGACUGGGGCCGGCUCUUCAAUCUACCUCCGCAUUCCGCGACUAGUCCCACGAGAUCAUUUGACAUCGAUUGUUUAUAACUGCGAUAUCGAUUAUGUAAAACGAGGAAUCUUCAACUCAACUGUACUACCGACAGAUGUAGAUGAGGAUGGGAACUCUCUUCUUAUGUUAUCGCUGCGCGACGUCAACUUGACGCUCUCGGAAUUUCUGAUCGAGCAAGGAUGGCCACUGCAUGCUGAGAACGUUACUGGCUGCCUGGAUAGUUACGGGUGGUGUCCACUGCACUGGGCGAUCUUUCUGGCCGAUUACGCUUCAUUCGAUAUGCUGCUGUACCGUGGUGCCAGUCUCAAGACGACUACGAGGAGCGGUUGGACACCACUACAUUACGCCGCGCGAUACGAACCUCUUGGUUCAGUGAGGAUGACCCGCGCACUUCUUGAGGCAGGCGCAGAUGUUGAUGCACAGGUCAACAACUACCGUGGUUCCAGAGGAGAGACAGCGAUCAUGUUUGCGUUCGACAACCCCGGCGUCGUGGAAUUACUGCUGCAGAAGGGAAGUGCUUUAGUAGUUGAGACUGACACAAAUUGGGUAUGCCCGCUCUCGUAUAGGGCUCGCCGCACGAGUAACGUCGCACGUUGGGACCCGAGGAGGUGCUACUGGGACCGCUCUCUCGACCUGCUCUGCAAUGCCGGCAUGGACCUCAACGUACCGUCCAAACAAGCCGGGUUUGAAGGCCGGACACCGAUCCAUGACACGAUUCUAUGGCGGAACGCAGCUUUGCUGGAGCUCCUGAUCCAGUGCGGGGCCAGGCUCGAUGCCAUAGACAAAAAUGGUUCCGGUGUGCUCCACUUCGCGGCCCAAAGUGCCAACCAGGAGCUCAUUGACGUCUUGAGCGAUGCUCGUAUUCGCGGUGUGAAUCCUGAUCAAGCAAACGCGGCUGGCGAUACCCCAAUGAGAAUUAUGACGGCCAGGCUGUAUGGCAAGGAAGACUCCAGACAACCAGGCGAGACGGUGCCGACGUUCGACGAGUGGUUGGCUUUCAGACACUUUUUGGAAGAUUUACGAGAACGCAAUCGUGAGGAUUUCUUGCUGGGUUCUAAACGCAUGAAAACCCCAAGAACUCGUGAGCGGGGCUUCCUGUUUGUCGAUGAUACCAGCUCCGUCGGGAUUUCAAGCAGUAGCAGUGACGAUGUGGAUUAG